AUGAAAUUUAGUGUGUUCUUUGAUAUUGAACAAAAUGGCAAGUAUCUCGGUAGAAUUGAAUUAGGACUUUAUGGAAAAACUGUUCCUAAAACUGUAGAAAAUUUCAGAGUUCUUGCCACUGGUGAAAAAGGAUACGGAUAUCAAGGUUCAAAAUUUCAUCGUGUAAUUAAGAACUUUAUGAUCCAAGGUGGUGAUUUUACUCGUGGUGAUGGAACUGGCGGUAGAUCAAUUUAUGGAGAUGCAUUUCCUGAUGAAAAUUUUAAAUUACGUCAUUCUAAACCUGGAAUUUUAUCUAUGCAGGCAAAUGCAGGCAGUGAUACCAAUGGUAGUCAGUUUUUUAUUACCACUGUUAUAACACCCUGGCUUGAUGGAAAACAUGUAGUAUUUGGUGAAGUUGUUAAUGGUUUUGAUAUUGUUAUGAAAAUUGAAGAUUGUAAAAAAAUGCAUAAUGAUAAACCAGUAGAUGAUAUUUUGAUUUCAAGAUCAGGUGAGCUUCCUUUGAACGAGUUUUUCCAUGGUGAAUUGUAA